UGGGUGGACUUGAACCUCCAAUCUUUUGGUUAGCAGCCAAGUGCAUUAACUCUUUGUACCAUCCAGGGACUCCCUCUUAACAAGAAAUUUAAUCUUUGAAAUCUCCGAUAAUAAGUGGGUACCCUUCCUUGGCUCAUGUUAACCCAAAUCUCUCAAGAUUACCAUAAACUAGAGGUCUUUGACAUCACAGGCAUUCAUUAGAUUUAUUGACAUCCAGUUCUGCAGGAUGUCUCUAUUUUGCUGGCAACUUCAGCUAAAUGGAUUUGUUAGACAUUACAUGUGGAAUGAGCUUGAGCAUUGCAGUGAAGUGGACCGUCACCGCAAACCUUCAGAUGGUGUUUAACUUCCCUGCAGAUAAAUUUCUAGUUAGUGUGGACAUUUAAUAAGGCACCAUCCAGAUUCGGAGUGGCAAUGUGGUCCAGAUUCUGCCACACAGAAUAGGAAUCACAAGAACUGGAAUUUACUCAGCCCAAGCUCCUGUACACUCCCCUGCAGGCUAUGAGUAUAUGGAAGGAGGGACCAUACUGUCACCACUACCAGCAAACAGGGCAUGAGAAAGUGUUUCUGGAGGGCUUGAUGGGGCUUGACUAAUUUUCUGAACUUCAUUUGAAAUAUGGCAUGCAGAAAAGUACAAAACUUUAAGAGUACAGGUAGCUGACAUUUUACAAAAUGAACACACUUGUGUAACCAGAUCAAGAACCCAAACAGUAGCUGCAUUCUAAAAGAUCCGCCUAAUUCUUUAUUUGUUGUUGUUGUUAGGUGCCAUCAAGUUGUUUCUGACUCAUAGUGACCCUAUAGGACAGAGUAGAACUGCCCCAUGCAGUUUCCAAGGAGCAGCUGGUGGAUUUGAACUGCUAAUUUUUUUAUUAGCAGCUGAGCUCUUAACCACUACGCCACCAGGGCUCCAAUUUUUAUUUAGGAUCUUGGAAUUAAGAUGACUUCACUGCCUACCUUGUAUCUAGGCAGGUUCUCAGCUUUAGAAGGGGAUCCACAGUGUGUCAGAGCUGGAAGGGACCUCAGAGGUCACCACAGGGAACCAGCUCAAAACUCAGAUGAUCAGACGCAGAAGAACAGAAGAGACUUGCCAAAAGAAGGGCACUGUGACCCAGGGUGCCUGACCCACACCUGUACUCUUUCCAUCAUAUCUAACUGCUUUUUUUAUUCAAAGGACAAAGCACAGUAUGCUUACUUUUCUUCCAAGACAUGAACCUAUCUAAGAUGCCAAUACAUCUCUGAAUCAGUCACCAGUCUCUGUUGUUUUAACUCAUGGAUGAACAAAUAUAAAAAGCACAUGUGUAUAACAUCGUGUAAUAUUCCAUCCCAACCCAGAUGCAGGACAAAUACUCCAGGAGUGGGGUUGCUUGUUUCUUAAAGGAAGAUGACAGUUUUGGGGACCCCGAUGAUGAAGACAGUAUGGACAACCCCUGCUGGCAAAUCAAGUGGCAACUACGCCAGCUCGUUAGAAAGAUGGUUAUGAGAAUCUAUGAGGAAACCACUCCUACAGGCCAAGAAAAGCAACAAGAUAGUCCUUACCUAGGAAGAGAAAGAAGUCUUCCGAGAGUAGCAGCUCACAUAACUGGAAACAGUCGGAGAACCAGCACGUUCUUACCUCCAAGCUCCGGGAAUGAAAAAGCUUUGGGCCAAAAAAUAAAGACCUGGGAGUCAUCAAGGAAAGGACAUUCGUUCUUGAACAAUUUGCACUUGAGGAACGGAGAGCUGGUUAUCCAUCAAACAGGGUUCUAUUACAUCUAUUCCCAAACAUACUUUCGAUUUCAGGAAAAAGAAACUGUGCCAACUGUUUCACUGGAAGAGAACAGAAAGAAAAACAAACAAAUGGUUCAAUAUAUUUACAAAUACACAAGUUAUCCUGACCCUAUACUACUGAUGAAAAGCGCUAGAAAUAGUUGCUGGUCUAAAGAUUCAGAAUAUGGACUCUAUUCCAUCUAUCAAGGGGGAAUAUUUGAGCUUAAAGAAAAUGACAGGAUUUUUGUCUCUGUAACUAAUGAACAAUUGAUUGACAUGGACCAAGAAGCCAGUUUUUUUGGGGCCUUUUUAAUUGGCUAACUCAUUGCUGUCAAGUCCAUUCCAACUCAUAGUAACCCUAUAGGGCAAAGUAGAACUGUUACAUCUUUCUCCUGCAGAGCAGCUGGUGGGUUUGAACCACCAAACUUUCGGUUAGCUGCUCCUUUAAUUGACUAAGUGACCUGAAAAAGAAAAAACAAUCCCCCAAAAAUAACCAUUUACUUUUGUGACUCUUCAAUUUUUUUUUUCAGAAAUCUAGCAGAUUCUCUGCUUCAAAACAAUUUUGUAGUGACUAACAUCCA